CUCCUUCUCUUUUUCCUCCUCUUCCCGGGGUUUUUUUUUCCUGCCUGGUGUCUCUCUGCAAUGUUGUCUUCUGUGGAUGGAUACCUCCCUUUGUGGAGAAAAACGCUGACUCCUGACUGAGACCAGCCCUCUGCUUAUCUCUCUCUCCCUCUCACCCUCUCUCUCUCUCUCUCUCUCUCUCUCUCUCUCUCUCUCUCUCUCUCUCUCUCUCUCUCUCUCUCUCUCUCUCGCUGUCUCCCUUGGAAACCUCACGUUAACUGACGUCCCAACACUCGGAGUCUCGCUCCUUGGAUGUCUGUUGCCAUGGCGAUGCGUGACAAGGCCAGCACCAGCCCUGUGGUCCGGCAGAUAGACAAGCAGUUCCUGGUCUGCAGCAUCUGUCUAGACCACUACCACAACCCCAAGGUCCUGCCUUGCCUGCACACCUUCUGCGAAAGUUGUCUCCAGAACUAUAUCCCUCCAGAGUCUUUAACGUUGUCGUGUCCAGUGUGUCGGCAGACCUCCAUCUUGCCUGAGAAGGGGGUGUCAGCACUACAGAACAACUUCUUCAUCACCAAUCUCAUGGAGUGUGUGUUUGACCAGGUCCUCCAGAGAGAUCCGGAAUGUUCUCGUCCGGAGGCCUGCAGCGUCCUGGAGUCGGUCAGCGCUGCAGCUGCAGGGAAGCCCCUCUCCUGCCCCAACCACGAGGGCAAGGUGAUGGAGUUCUACUGCGAGUCGUGCGAGACGGCCAUGUGUCUGGACUGCACGGAGGCGGAGCACCGCGAGCACGUGACCGUGCCCCUCCGGGACGUCCUGGAGCAGCACAAGACGGAGCUGAAGACCCAGCUGGACGCCAUACGCAACAGGCUGCCCCAGCUCACGGCCGCCAUCGAGCUGGUCACGGAGAUCUCCCGUCAGCUGACGGAGAGGAAGAACGAGGCGGUGGCCGAGAUCACGGGCACCUUCGAGGAGCUGGAGCGGGCGCUGAACCAGCGCAAGACGGCCCUCGUGACCGACCUGGAGAGCAUCUGCAACACCAAGCAGAAGGUCCUGCAGGCCCAGCUCUCCUCUCUGCUCCAGGGCAAGGAGCACAUCCAGAGCAGCUGUAACUUCACGGAGCAGGCCCUGAACCACGGCAGCGCCACUGAGUCGGGUCUUUGUGUCCAGGUCCUGCUGGUGCAGAAGCAGAUGUCGGAGAGGGUGGCGGCCCUGGCCCGGCACGACUUCCCGGACAAGCCUCACCAGAACGCCCACCUGGACUGCCAGGUGGAGACCGAGGGGCUGCGUCGCUCCAUCCAGAACCUGGGGGUCCUCAUCACCACGGCAGCAGUAGGCCACACCUCCGUGGCCACUGGAGAGGGUCUUCGCCACGCGGCGACGGGACAACACCUCAGUAUCACCGUGACAACCAAGGACAAGGACGGGGAGCUGGUGAAGACCGGCAACGCCGCCCUGAAGGCCGAGAUCACGGCCGCGGACGGCUCGCGCGCCGCGGACCCCGACGUGACCGACAACAAGAACGGCACGUACGAGGUGGGCUACGUGCUCCGCACCGAGGGCGAGCACGCCUUCGCCCUGUCGCUGUACGGCCAGCCGGUCCGCGGCAGCCCCUUCCGCCUGCGGGCCGUCAAGCCCUCCGACGUGCCCCAGUCCCCGGACGACGUGAAGCGGCGGGUCAAGUCACCCAGCGGGACCGGGGGCCACGUGAGGCAGAAGGCGGUGAGGCGGCCCUCCAGCAUGUACAGCACCACCAAGAAGAAGGAGAACCCCAUCGAGGACGAGCUCAUCUACAGAGUGGGUUCUCGGGGGAGAGAGAAGGGAGAGUUCACCAACCUGCAGGGUAUCUCUGCCUCCAGCAACGGCAGAGUGGUGGUAGCCGAUAGCAACAACCAGUGUAUACAGGUGUUCUCCAAUGACGGCCAGUUCAAGAUGCGCUUCGGGGUCAGAGGUCGCACGCCUGGCCAGCUGCAGAGGCCCACAGGCGUCACCGUGGACAUGAACGGUGACAUCAUCGUGGCGGACUACGACAACCGAUGGGUCAGCAUCUUCUCCUCUGAUGGGAAGUUCAAGAAUAAGAUUGGAGCUGGCAAGCUGAUGGGCCCCAAGGGCGUCGCCGUGGACAGGAACGGACACAUCAUCGCGGUCGACAACAAGGCGUGCUGCGUGUUCAUCUUCCAGGCCAACGGGAAGCUGGUGACCAAAUUUGGAGCCAGGGGGACUUCUGACCGCCAGUUCGCAGAAAAGAGUGGUGCAAACUUAAAUAGAUCUGGCCCUGUGUUCAGUCCACACUUUGUAGCAGUGAACAACAAGAAUGAGAUUGUUGUGACAGAUUUCCACAACCACUCCGUAAAGGUGUACAGUGCAGACGGAGAGUUCCUGUUCAAGUUUGGAUCACACGGGGAGGGGAACGGCCAGUUCAACGCUCCUACCGGGGUGGCGGUGGAUGCCAACGGCAACAUCAUCGUGGCAGACUGGGGCAACAGCCGGAUACAGGUGUUUGACAGCGCGGGCUCCUUCCUGUCCUACAUCAACACGUCAGCUGACCCGCUCUACGGGCCCCAGGGCCUGGCCCUCACCUCCGACGGACACGUGGCCGUGGCGGACUCUGGUAACCACUGCUUCAAGGUGUAUCGCUACCUGCAGUAGUGGAGGAAGCAGGCCCUGGCCCCUCAGACUGCAGCGGGAAGCAGAGGGGCGGGGGGGCUUCACCUAGCUAACUCGACCCAGCAUUACUCUCUGAAGUAUCUAACCAGCUCAAACAAUAACAAGCACCAUAGAAGGAUUUUAGUCCAAAGGAAUGUCCCCUGACUACACUCUUGAUCCUGACAGUUUGCAUCUUGCCACGCUCACCCACUGACCGCACCUGACAAGCACGAUUGAUGACUCAACAGGUUUAAAGACACCUCCUGUUUUUCGGACAUUUCCGCUUUAUGGGCAACUUUCAAUAACUUGGUUUUUAGGAAGUGAUUAUAUCCAAAGACAACUGUGUGAAGAAUCACUGAUCGCUCGAGACAUCUGAUCGCCCGUAUUUACCCUUCGCACAAAACGUUUAUCGUCUACCAACCGCCACUUUUAUCAUCUAAGCAAACCACUAAUCCAGGGUUUGAUCCAGUGGAAUCCCACAAACUGUCCACUCUGUCUUGGUCCCACUCUUCACUAUCUUUGUGUAUUUGUGUGCCCAUGUAAUGCUGACUGUGCAUAUUUGUGUUCAUGUUUUUUUUUUUGUAAAUAAAUUCAUCGAAAAUGUUGUUGUAUACGUUUCACUUAACAUUUCAGAUUUGGCGAAGCUUUCUUUAGUCGUGUAUAUUUCAUCUUAAUCUCAGCACUGAUACUACAGUAAACCGAAAGAUUUGAUCCACAAACAUACCUAAUGAAUUGCAGUGUUAAAUAGCACAAUGAUAAACAUAUCAAAUGUUGUAAUUAAAUUUACAACCUAAAACACAUGCGAGGGCUUGAUUUAUUUUCUAUCGUCAUUUUCUACCUGAUUUUAUCCUAAUUAUUUUUAUAAUUUGGUGUUUGGAUAUUUACCACACUUUGCCAAACUUCGUAUAGGCCUUGAGAUAAACAUUGUAUCACUGCAAACUGUAUUCUUCAACCUUCCCUUGUUGAGAUUACAUCCACAUCAUUUUGCCAAAUCCAUUUGUAUCAUGAUACGUUCUUGUUAAAUACAACACAAAGAUCAUCACUUCAAGAAAUAAUUUACUAGAGUAAUAUAUAUGCCUGUGUGUAAAGAUAGCUGUCAUAUACUUGUAUAUCAUAUUCUAAAAAGGUAACUGUAUAUUACUGUCAUACUGUAAUAAUGUUGUAGCUGACUAAAGCACCUUGGCAUGGAUUUGCCAGUAUGUGUAUUUUUUUGUUCUGUUCCGAUUUUUCUGUUCCACUUGUGUCCCUGGAGAGCCGCUAGCUGAAAGCCAACAUGGACAGACCCGACUCAGUAUUUUUCUGAAUGUUUGGUUAUUUUGAAAUACUCAAACAAAGACUUGAAGGUCCUUGAAGGUCACUUUAAUCCCAGUGUUGUAUUUCCUUUCAUUUAUUAACAACAUACAUCUCUGAGGUCCAUUUAUUUGUUAUUUCAUACAUCACUAUUCUCACUGCUGCCUUCUACUUCAAUCCUGCUCUCUUUCCCUCUUCCACUCGCUUUUAUUCUCAUUGUCUCCACUGUUCAACAAGUCUCACCCACAUUUAUCCUUAUUAUUGCUGACAAGGAAAGGCUGGUCGUCACUUAAAUCCUCUAUAGUCUUUUCAAACUGUCUAGACAGCUCAAACAUCAACCACAUUAUGUUUUUUUUCCUCUUUUAUUUGUUGACUUCUUCCCUAAUUCUUAUCAAAUCCAUCCAACACGUGACAGUGCUUGGAUGAAACUGAAAUAAAGAUAUUGCACAACGCUAUUUUACUCAUUUACAAAACAUGAUGUAUACUUAAAUGGAUCAGUCACCGGUGUAUUACUGUCAAGUCACAUUAUGCCAUGAUUUCAUAUGUAUGUAAUUAAGAUUGUAUAUAAUAAAGAUAAACCAUGGUUGUCCACAUGA